AUGGCAAAUAACGAUUCGGAGAUCUUGAUUGAACAUUUCGAAUUUUCGCCAAUUUCCGUAAUUGAUGAUGUGAUCGAUUCAGUGAAUGAACUUAUGUAUCAGGCGCUCAUUGGGCUAGAAAGAUUUGUUGAGAAGAAAUCAAAAUCCGAAGAAGAAAUUGAGCAGGGUAUGCACCAGGUAGAAACAUUAUUGGAAACUUUAAUCGACCAUAACUUUGACAUGUUCGAACUUUACGUGAUGAGAAAUAUUUUUGCUAUACCCGAAAAUGUUAAAAUAGUUUUACCGCAUCAAGAGGGAAUGGAUUAUACCUUAGAUCAAAGUAAAGAGGAUCAAAUCGACAAGGAACUGGAACUAAUGCGGAAAAAAGUCUUGGCUGCGAAGGCAAUGAAUUAUAGACUGGAGAACGAAUUGUUAAAGACAGAUUCACGAAUCAAACGUAUGGAACGACUAAAGGAAAAAUUAGAAUUCAUAUUUACUGCACCUAAAAAUCAUAAUGUGAAUCCAACGGCCGAGACUAUUCGCCUGGUAGUUGAUCAACUUUUGGCGAUCAAAAAGAUUACCAAUAAUCUUCAUAGCCAAGUCAACGAAGAAAAAAUGAAUCAAUACGCAAACACGAGCGAUAGACGCGAAGCAUUUGUUAGCACGAUGGUACUGAGACAAACUGAGCAAGUGAAGAUGCAGCAACGAGAAAACCGCCAUGAUACCGAUGAAGAUGAGCGAUUGAGAAAAAGAGCGAGAAUCGACAAUGAUGAAGAAACAUCAAAAGCUAUAGCUCAAGAAUUAAAAGGUUUAGAAAUGAUCAAUAAUCUGUUCACGGUUUUGAAUCAAGAAUCUGACAGACAAGAGUAA